CCUCCUGUGUAUUUCAUCACAAGUGCCAUCCAACAGAGAAAGCAGAGUGAUGAGUUGACAUAAUUUUUUCCUACAUUUAACCCAAUAUCAGCGAUAUUCUGAAGCAAGAUAAACGUUUACGAUGGCCUCGUCUAAGAUCAGUGAAGAGGAAGCCCUGAAAAUAGGAGGCAUGUUUGCUGUACACCCCAAAAAAGACUGUCCACAUGUAGAGUCUUUGGUUGCUGGUAUAGAAAAGUUGAGCAUUGACAUAGCACUACCAUGUGGGGUGUGUGGUAAUGUAGGUGAAAACUGGUUGUGCUUGAAGUGUUCAAGCGUGUACUGCAGCCGUUAUGUCCAGGAGCACAUGGUGCAUCACAAUAAUCAAAAUCCAACCCAUGAGAUAACACUCAGCUUCAGUGACUUGAGCUUUUGGUGCUAUGCUUGUGAUAGCUAUAUCAAUUCCCCUCACCUAGAGUCCAUCUUCCAAGCUGCUACCAUGGCAAAAUUUGAUACACCCAUCCAAAAGCUGAAGAAUGAGGCUUCAGCUAAUUCAGAUCCUCAAGAAUCAGGGGCAUCAUCAAGCAAAGAAGGAGAGGAAGGAGAUGAAGAAAAUCCUACAGCAGCCCAGUCUGAUAUGCCCAUGGAAAACCCUGAGCCUGAGGCUUUACCUCAAUCAAAUCCCCAGGUACCACCGGACAAAGAGGGAGAAGAAGAAGGUGGGAAAACAUCUAAUGCAACAAAUGAAGUUCCUUCAAGGGCUUUUCAUCUGGAGAGUAGAUUGGAAAAAGAAGUACUACUGAGUCGCAUGAGGGCUGUAAUCUAUGGCAACUGUAUUGGAGAUGCCAUAGGAUUGCUCACUGAGUUUAUGACAAAAGAAGAAGCGCUAGAGAUUUAUUGCACAGUCAAAGAGAGAAAGUUUCUAGGAUCCAUGGAGUCCAAAAAGAGUAUACCAGUUAAGAACCUGGAAUUGGAAUACCCCAUGAAAUAUGAUGAUUUUCAUCGCAGUUGCUGGCAGGUUGGUGAUUGGACAGAUGACUCAGAUCAAAUGAUUCUCAUUCUCAGAACACUGUUGGACAACAAAGGAAAGGCAGACAUUCUUGACUUUGUACGAAAGUUUAAAGUCUGGACAAAAACUGGUUACAAAGAGCUUGGCGACCAUGGUGGGAUGGGAAUUGGACGAACAACAUUCAAUGUUGUUUUACAAAAGGACUUCUUAACUGACCCUCACAAGUGUGCACAUCAAGUGUGGGCUGACAGCGGAAAGUGGGCGGCACCCAAUGGAGGUGUAAUGAGAACAUCUAUUCUUGGCAUUCAAGACUUCGGUGAUGUCCCAACAGUUAUCGAAAACACGAGGCAGAUCUGUAAAGUAACCCAUGCUGACCCAAGAUGUAUUGCUUCGUGUGUAGCUGUAACUACUGCCAUUGCUUUGAUGUUACAAGGAAAGCACUGUAAGGAAAGUGGAUACGAUGAAAAGGCAAUUUGUGACGAGGCCUUUGAAUUUGCAUGUGCAGAACUCGAGACAAAAGAAGAGAAAAAAGAACUGCAAAAACACAUGUUUGCUAAAAAGUUGUCUGACCUGGAGCUCUCUGGUGAUAACAAGAUAGGGUACACCUAUAAAUGUCUGGGAGCAGGGUUCUGGGCCUUCAGACAGAAAGACUUUCGUUUGGCAUUGACAGAACUUGUUAUGGAGGCAGGUGAUGCUGAUACUAAUGGUGCCGUUGCUGGAGCCUUGUUAGGAUGUAAAUUAGGAGUGGAGCACCUCCCUGAAACUUGGUUGAAUGGUCUGCUGCACAAAGAAUGGCUGGAUGAACACAUAGACAGGUAUUUCAUCAUGCUGGGGCUAGAGACGAAAUGAUGAGAAGAAUGAAUGAAUUGAUGUAACAGAAUGCUGCACCAUGGCUACCUAAGAAGUGCACAACAGUGUGAUGUUUUCACACACAAAACCUUUUAAAAAUGAAUAGCGGUUUGUACUUGGGACUGCGUAUGUGUGUUGAAUACAACAAGUAAAUAAGAAGGAAACUUAACUAACUCCUUGUAGAAAGUAAAAAAAUUAACUCACGUUUUGAACGAUAGUCCUUCGUCGCUGUAAGCUAGGGUGCUCUUUGUUUUAAUGUUGUUUCUUUCUGGUCAUUUUUAACUCCUUGAACUAUAUAAACUCUACUCUUCCUUCUAAUGUUCUCUUUUACUCCGACGAGCGACUAUAAAAAGGACGUCCAAAACUAGUCAGUUUUAGCUGAGUUUUCUAACACAUCCCCAUCCCCGCUCCCCAUCCCCCCUCCCCCCCAAAAAAAGUGUCCAUGCCAAUUCGUUAACUACUAGAAUUUAAAACUAGCGGCAACAUGUCGUUAGUCAGGAAGAACUAAACAAGUAAUUUUAAAAUAAAUGUAUGUGAUGCACUUUAUAGAGUUCAACAAAAGGAUGCCACCCGAAAUUUUUGCAAAAUUUCGCAAAGUUAUAAAUCAUGAGUAUAUAGAAUAAAAUAUGUCACGACUAUAAUUAAA